GGCGGGCGGGCGGGCGGCGGGCACGGGGCGAAGAGUGGCUCGCCAUGUGUCCUGUGCCAGCUCAUCAGCGUGCACGAGGGGGCUUGGAGGGCAGACGCCCCGCCUGCAGCGCCCCCCUCUCCUCUUCUUGGUCCUCGGUCCUCGACCGCUCUCCUUUCGUGCAGCUCGCUCUCUCGCUCGCUCUCCUCCUUCUCCUCCGGGUCCUCCUCUCGCCGUUCGCCGAAGCCAUGAUUUGUCCGCCCCCGCUACGGGGCCCUCUUCAUCGACUGGCCUCGAGGCCUGGGCUGCUGAGCGUCCAGUGGACCCCGGCGCGGCAGCUUUCCUCGAGAUCCGGAAAUGCGGCAAACGAUGGCGCCUCCAAGCCACCGGGCAACUCGACGGGUUCCUUGCGCCUGCCAGCCUCCUUCGAUCGUGUCCCGCAGGGCCAGCGCCCGGGCACACGUCGCCGCGAGCCGGAGCCGGAGCCGGAGCGUCUGCGCACCCGUCGGGGUGACAAAUCCCCGAUGCCUGGCGAUGCACUGGGCCAGAAGCAGCGCUAUCAGCCGGUGGGCACCGAGCGCGUGCUCAUCCAGAGCUUUAGCGACAAUUUGCAGGGGCUCCCCUCGCUGCCGACGGCCGUGUCGUAUGAGCGGCAGCGUGACAAUCGCUCGCGAAGCGGCGAUCGGCAUCGAUACGCACAGCCGGCCUCCAGGCGCGAUGGGCGCCUUCAGGAGGACUUCUCCUCGCAUGGGCAUCUGUCGGGGCCGCACUACACCCAGCAGAUUUCCAACCACACGCCCCUGUCUCGAAUGCACCCGCGCUUGUCGCAAGUCAUCACCAAAAGCAUCUCGCCGCUGCUGCUGUCAGCCGCGGGCCUGGUCCCGGCGGAUCAGCUCCGGCGAAUGGUGCUGGAGCCGACGCACAAUUUAUAUCAAAAUUCACAGCUCCUCCUCCAGGAUAACCCUGUGGCCGGGCUGUCGAUGGCCCAGGAUCCGUCCCGCUUGAGCUCCAACUGGCGAGCCAAUCGCCUGCAUCAGCGCCUGGCCGAGCUCUUCCCCAAGUACUACAUCGGCAUUCACGACCCGGUGCGCCUAACCAGCGAGCCGGUCUCUCGCAUUGAGUCCAUCAAGCAGGGGCAUUCCAAGUCCAACUCCAAGGUCAUCCACAAGUGCGAGCGCUUCACCAUCCUUGCCGCGCCGUGGGAUCCCCUUCGCCGGCAUGAUCCGGGCUUCAAGAACCUCCCCUUCGGCUACCGGGUCAUCGUGCAAGCCAGCAAAAGGUCCGUCGACAAUCGGGCCGCCGUGCGCGACUACAGCCGCCGCGCGGUCAAGUACGCCUUCCACGAGGCCGUCAUGAAGUAUGCCCAGCAGACGAUGGACCUGCUCAACGAGACCGAGGCCCAGAAGCCGGGGUCCGUCGACCCGAUCCUCUUUUGCACCGACCGGCCCUACUCGCCGCAAUUCCACGCCUGUGACUACAUCAUCAACAUCAAGCUCCCGCCGGCCGGGGUGCACGGGUACUCCGUGAUAAGUAUGCCCCCGGCACACCUGGCCUCCCAAUCCAGCCCUGUCCUCUCCCCCUGGACCCUGGAUGAUGUCCGCGCCAUCUCCGACGAGGCCGUUCGCCAGAGUGUGGCCUGGAUGCGGCAGCAAUUUUACAAGCGCGUGCCGACCGAGCCGGUAAAGCGGCGUGGGUAGGUCACGUGUCAAUGUAGCCCACAACAAGCCUUUUGAAGUGCCG